AUGAAAGUGGCAUAAUGAGGAAGCAAUGCAGCAUCAUUUCCCUUCGUUAGUUACAGUCUUACACACUCACGCUAAGAUUCCAUAAGCCACAUCGAAUUCGAAUUCGAAUUCGAAUUUGGAUCUCUCAUUCUCCGAUCGUGCGAGCCAGUGAGUUGAAGAACUUCAACGAUGAUGGAGAAGGCGGAUUCGGUGCAGAAGCUUUACACGCGGAUGCGGCUUUGGGACUUUCCGGAUCAGUACGUGAUUGAACCAACGGAUGGUUCUUCUGGUUCUUCUUUGGCCAUUAGUAAAGUCGAUGGUUCCAUGAAGCUAAUCGAUGAAGUUCCACAAGGUAACUCCCUUCAAGUUCCUAAGAUUUAUACCAUCUUCGGUGUGGUUGGCAUGUUGAGGCUUCUGGCUGGAUCAUAUUUGCUGGUUAUAACUGAUCGAGAAUGUGUUGGAUCUUACUUGGGGCAUCCAAUUUUUAAAAUAUCUUCCUUGAAGUUUUUUCCCUAUGUCCAACCAAUUUGCAACUCAUAAUUUUUAUACCUUAUUUGGCAACAGAAGACAGAAAUGGAAUUUCUAGGGCUGCUAAAUGUUGCUGAGAAAACCCAUGGUCUGUUCUUCUCAUACGAAACUAACUUAACUCUGAGUGCACAGCGUUUAAAUGCCCUAGGUGAUGAGUCUAAAUUGCUUCCUCUUUGGAGACAGGCAGAACCUCGCUUUCUUUGGAACAAUUAUAUGUUGGAAGUGCUCAUUGAUAAUAAGUUAGACCCAUACUUACUCCCAGUAGUCCAAGGCAGUUUUCAUUACUUUCAAGCAGCCAUUGGGAAAGAGACUAUUGAUGUCACUUUAAUUGCUAGGAGAUGCACAAGAAGAAAUGGAACUCGAUUAUGGAGAAGAGGAGCUGAUGCUGAUGGGUAUGCUGCGAAUUUUGUGGAAACAGAGCAAAUUAUGCAGCUCAAUGGGUAUACUGCAUCAUUUGUUCAGGUUCGUGGUUCAAUUCCAUUGCUAUGGGAGCAAAUUGUUGACCUAACUUAUAAACCAAAGUUUGAGUUAAUGAAACAUGACGAAGCUCCUCGAGUUCUGGAAAGACAUUUCUUAGAUUUAAGAAAGAAAUAUGGGGCAGUGCUGGCUGUUGAUCUUGUUAAUAAGCAUGGUGGAGAAGGUCGGCUGUGUGAAAAAUUUGGCAGUACAGUGCAGCAAGUGGCUAGUGAUGAUGUAAGAUAUGUGCACUUUGAUUUUCAUCAAGUAUGUGGGCACAUUCAUUUUGAACGUCUCUCAAUCCUUUAUGAUCAAAUUUCGGAUUUUAUUGACACAAAUGGAUAUCUUCUACUGAAUGAAAAGGGAGAGAAAAUGAAGGAACAACGUGGGAUUGUUAGGACCAAUUGUAUUGACUGUCUGGACCGUACAAAUGUAACUCAGAGCAUGAUAGGCCGAAAAAUGUUGGAAUACCAGCUUAGAAGGCUUGGUGUCUUUGGUGCCGAAGAAACCAUUAGUUCACAUAAAAAUCUGGAUGAAAAAUUUAAGAUCUUGUGGGCAAAUCAUGGAGAUGAUAUAAGUACACAGUACACAGGAACUCCUGCUCUGAAAGGAGACUUUGUAAGAUUUGGACAUCGAACAUUUCAAGGGAUACUAAAAGAUGGCUGGAAUGCUCUUCUACGCUAUUAUUUGAAUAAUUUUAGUGAUGGAACUAGGCAGGACGCAAUUGAUCUCCUGCAAGGACAUUAUAUAGUUUCUGUCAGCAGAGAUGCAACUCCCUCUUCCAAGAAACAAGGCCUUGAAUCUAUAGCUUCACUUCCUCUAGCUUUGGGUCUGGUUUUAACUGGAUUCUUUUUUGCAAUCAUGUCAUUGAAUCAAGGUCGAUAUGAUUAUCGGCACUUCUUCUUAUCACUAAUGUGGGCUGGCAUUAGCAUCGGGAUAGCAGCAGUUGUGAGGGCGAAUGGUCGUGUUUUCUGCAACAGGCCUCGCCUACACAAGCCCAGGAGUUAAAAAUAUUUAUGCAGAUCACGCUGAGCAAUUACAUUCAUUUAUGUGCAGUGUGCAGCUUCUGCAACACAGGACUCAUUGGCAUAGCCUUAGUUACACUUCCAGAUCACUUUAACAGAUUCGAUUCUUAAAUCAAGGUUCCCUGCUUGCUAUUAUUUAUUCUUUCUUACUAAUUCUGUAUUCAUCAUUAUAGCUUCCAGAAAUUUAUUUAUAUCAUGGUCCUGUGAUCCUGUCCACGUCCCAUUGGAGGGGUUGGGGUGGUUGUUUUGUCAAUGUUUAUGCCGAAUUGCAGAUCCUCCCCACCUUGUAUAUUUGGCUCUAUCUGUGCCAUGUUUGAGAUGGAAGAAUGUUGAGGUUGUUGGAACUCAUCAAAUUUGAUAAUAUUUUGUAUGCUUCAUGCAAAUCGAGAUACAUAAAAUAGAACGCUUAGAAAUAUUGGCACUUGUUGUUA